CACAUAGAAGCGGAAACCCAUCUAAAGGGAAAGUUGAAAUCCGCUUAGCAGACCCUCUUCUCUAAAGCGGAGCCCGAGAAGAUCGUCCAUUAAAGAUCAUGGCUUGCUCAAACUUCACAAUGUGGGUCUCCUCAAAACCGUCUCUAUCCGACGCCUCCGCACUUUCUUUCCGGCCUUUCAACCCUCUUCAUAAUCCGGCUCAGGGCUCCCCCGCCGGCAAUGCCUCGCGAUUUUCAUCUGUCACUCCGAUUCAGUGCGGUCUUCGUGAGCUCCGAGAACGAAUCGAUUCGGUGAAGAACACCCAGAAAAUUACCGAGGCUAUGAAGCUUGUUGCUGCUGCAAAAGUGCGUAGAGCUCAAGAAGCUGUUGUUAACGGAAGACCAUUUUCGGAAUCUCUCGUUGAAGUUCUUUACAGUAUCAACGAGCAGCUCCAAACCGAAGAUAUAGACGUUCCUCUGACAAAAGUCCGACCGGUCAAGAAGGUUGCUCUGGUUGUUGUUACUGGGGAUCGAGGUCUUUGCGGCGGUUUCAAUAACUCGAUCAUCAAAAAGGCAGAAGCCAGAAUCGCAGAAUUGAAGAACCUUGGCCUUGACUAUACUGUAAUUAGCGUCGGUAAGAAGGGGAACUCGUAUUUCCUUCGCCGGCCUUACAUUCCAGUCGACAGAUUCCUCGAGGGCGGCUCACUUCCCACAGCUAAGGAAGCCCAAGCCAUAGCAGACGACGUUUUUUCCCUCUUUAUCAGCGAAGAGGUCGAUAAAGUCGAGCUUCUUUACACCAAAUUCGUGUCAUUGGUUAAAUCCGACCCCGUGAUCCACACUUUGCUUCCACUCUCACCAAAGGGAGAGAUUUGUGACAUUAAUGGCGUUUGCGUGGAUGCCGCAGAGGACGAAUUCUUCAGAUUGACGACAAAGGAAGGAAAAUUGACCGUAGAGAGAGAUGCCGUGAGGACAAAAACCUCAGAAUUCUCCCCAAUUUUGGAGUUUGAGCAGGACCCAGUUCAGAUUCUUGAUGCUUUAUUACCUCUCUACUUGAACAGUCAAAUUUUGAGGUCAUUACAGGAGUCAUUAGCAAGUGAGCUCGCGGCCAGAAUGAGCGCCAUGAGCAAUGCGACUGAUAAUGCAAGCGAGUUGAAGAAGACGCUCUCAAUUGUCUACAACAGACAGCGCCAAGCCAAGAUCACUGGCGAGAUAUUGGAGAUUGUUGCUGGUGCCAACGCUUUGACUUAAAAGGUCAAUUAAGCAACUUUUAGGUACUUUCCACUGAGAAUUCAUUAAAAUAUGCCCGUUUAAGAACUAAAACAUAUUUAACAAAUUCGUUAUAAGUCUCGUCCCAUUAUAAACACUGUGCAACGAGACAAUGGGGGCAACGUGUCUUGGAAAAUAAGACAAUUCUCUACUCGUGGUUUUGAAUUCUAUCCACUUUUUAGUCUUUUUGACGCUAUGAUUGUUUAUAGUUCCUGUAAUAUUUGCACUUUCUGGUGCAGCUCUGCUUAAUUGAAGCGCUGUUCAAAUAUAAUUAUAUAAUAUAUAUAUAUACAUAAACGUAA